AUGAAAAUUUAUAUAUCAUUCAUUGAUAGGAAAAAGCAAUCGCUAAAAGAGGGUGGUGAAUACGAAGAUUCUGCACUUCUACUCGCUAUAGCUGCUCACUACAAUUGGAUUAACGACAUCAUUACUGAAUUAGUGCAACUGUUGCCUGCUCUGGUUAGCAUCGACGAAUGGGAAUUAGCCAGUUCUGUUCAGUCGUCUGUUGAACACUUUAUAAGCAACGCUCUGUCGCAUAGGCACCACAUUUGGCCUCAAAAGCUUCAUCCUCGUGAUUUACCAGGACCACUAUAUGCACUGUAUACUGUAGACGAUGUGUUCGCUUUUCCAAAUGAUGGUGGAAUGCCUGGAGUUAUCGUUUUAGGCAAGCGCUUGUGGUGCUCCCUUUUGGUUUUAUUAAAUUUCGUGACUAAAGUCGUACUAAGAAUUCUGCAAAGAUUGCUUGAAAUGGAAAAAGUUCCCGUUAAUGGACGUUGUGCUCAUUUUUACUAUGUUAAAAAGAAUUUUGCAACUGGUUGUUAA